AAGGAGAUGGAAUGAAGUCAGUCGGCAGAAGGAGGAGGAGGAGGAAGUGCCGCCUUCCUACUGGCUGCCUCGACACCGGCUGUUGUCGACGUCACGGGGGUUGUGCGAGCUGGAGGCUGCGAGAGGACGCUCGGACCGGUCUGGUUGUGUUCAGAAAUGGCGUCGCCGUCCAAGGCUCGCUUCGGCUGCGACGCGGCAAGGAAAUGGACAACGACGGCACCCGGCCCGUCUUCGAGGCGUGCCGGCGCCGGCGGUGCCGCCCCGCCCCUCCCGCCGCCCCCCUGGCACGCUCGCCCCCGCCACCGCCCGGGGCAGGUCCGCGGCGCCGGCCCUCACCUGCCGCUCUUCCACGGGCGCCACGCGGAGGAGAGCGCCGAGCGCCCCCACCUGGUCACCGUCGUGCGGCCCGCUCAGAACGCGCCGCGGAAGGUGACGGUGCUUUUGAACCGCAGAGGCGUGGCCUCCUUCGACCAGCUCCUGCUGGACGUCUCGGAGGCUCUCGGGUUCCCUCGUUGGCACCGAUCGCGAGUGACCCGCCUCUACACCGCCUUCGCCCGAGAGGUGAAGAGCGUCGGCGACUUCUUCCGCGGCGACGCGGCCCUCCUGGCGCUGGGCAAAGCUCGCCCGCAGCUGAGCAGCCUGGAGGAGGCGCUGGAGGAGCUGUUCCCGGAGCAGUCUCGCUACCGGACCGAGGCGCUGCUGGUCUGGGAGAAGAAGCUCCGAGCGGCGCCGGAUAAAGCCGCCAAGGCGGACAGCGGCUACGGCGACGGGGCGGACGACAAGGAUCCCGCGGAUGAGCGGCGGCGGCCCGAAACGGAGGAGCCGAGGAAGGAGACGGCCGGGAAGGUCGCUCGCCUUCCGAACCAUCUCCAGAGGCUGCGGGUGAGGGGCGCGGUCGGCGAGGAGACGCCGCUUCCCGUCGGCCGAUUCCAACGCGAGCGCGAGACGGACGCGGCUCCUCUCUGUGAAAAGUGCCUGACGAGAAGGUCCGCGCGUCCCAGCCCGCAGUGGACCGACCCGCUGUCGGGAAGAACCCCGCUGCCGCCCGUGUGCCGGAAGCAGACGGCGACUUCGGCGCAAGAAUGGACGAGUCCUCCCGAGAUGUGGACCGACUGCUCGGGGCCGCCGUCGGAGGGCAGCGAGGUCUCCGAGGCCGACGUGGCUCGCCUCUACGACGUGGGGCGCCUCCUGGGGGACGGCAACUUCGCGGUGGUGCGCGAGUGCCGGCGCCGCGCCGACGGCCGGACGCUGGCCGUCAAGAUGGUGGAGCGCUCGCGGCUGCUGGGUCGCGAGCACAUGCUGCAGAACGAGCUGAGCCUGCUGGCCAGCCUGCGGCACCCCCGCGUGGUCCGGCUGCUGGCGCACCACCGCACGCCCGCCACCGCCUACCUGGUCAUGGAGUUGGCCCGCGGCGGCGACCUCUUCGAGGCCAUCGGCCGGCGCGGCAGCUUCGGCGAGGGCGAGGCCGCGCUGAUGGUGGCCGACGUCAGCGAGGCGCUCAAGUACAUCCACCGCAGGAGCGUCGUCCACCGGGACGUCAAACCCGAAAACCUGCUGAUCGUUCACGCGGUUCCUGGCGUGACCAGACUCAAGCUGGCCGACUUCGGCCUGGCCACGGUCGUGAGCGAGCCCGUCUUCACCAUCUGCGGCACGCCCACCUACGUCGCGCCCGAGAUUCUUUCCGAGACAGGGUACGGUAUGGAGGUGGACAUGUGGGCGCUGGGGGUCAUCCUCUACAUCCUGCUGUGCGGCUUCGCCCCUUUUCGGAGUCGCGAUCGGGACCAGGAGGAGCUUUUUGAGAUCAUCAAACAGGGGCAACUGCACUUCCUGCCCCCGUAUUGGGACGCCAUCUCAGAAGGCGGUAAAGGUCUGGUCUCGGGCCUCAUCCAGUCCGACCCAGUCGUCAGGAUGACGGCCGAGCAGACGCUGCGGCAUCCCUGGCUGAGGGCCAUGGCGGCCAACUGCCAGCAGAAGGCGCUAGAAAGCCGACGCGAGACCUGGACGGAAGGACCGCCACCCGGACCGGCACCGGUCGACACGGAGAAGGUCCAGACGGCACCGGGAGAAGACUCGGAAACCGUAAGGGCCUCGGGCAAGGAGCGGGGUUCAGACCCGACGAGUUGAAACACUCAAACUUGUUGAAAAGAACCAACAAUGGGAAACGACCUCAUUACUUUUGAAAUGUUACGUCAAAAGUUUUCUGCUUCAGUGAAGCGAACGGACGAAAACCAAUCACGAGUUCCGGAGUGGAUCUCGCAAACACGCCGGAUCGAUGUCGUCGGCGCUCAGAGGCCGACGAGUGAACGCUUUUGCCCCCUGGAAAAAUGAAUACGCUGGAUGAUCAAAAUUUUUGAUGAAAUUUUUCAGUGACUCAUCCCUCGUAUAAGUGUGUGUGUGUGUGUGGGGGGGGGGGGAGGUGCCCGUCGUUCUGG